GGUGCUGGAAGCAAUGAUUGGAUGGUUGUUGGGGUGUUGUCAUGGCACCUGGAUUAACAACAGAGCCCGGCCCCAACACCACAGACAUCAGUAACAUUGGUGUGUCUGUGGGGGAGGGCUCUGAUGGAAUCCUGCUAUGGGCGAUGAUAUGUGCCUUUGUCACCUUCUUCGGUUUAGGUCUGGCCACGUGUAAAUACUUCAGAGACCAGUAUGACACACCUGAAAACAAGAAGAAAAGAAGAGACAAGCUGGACCUGCAAAAGAGAGAGAAGGAAGAAAAGGCGGUAGCAGGAGUGAAGAGGGAACCUAUCGCAUCAGAACAGUUCCUCCAAAAACUCAAACAGAAAAAGUCAGACAAACAGCUCAACAUAGAAGUCAGG